AUGGAACAGAGCAGAAGAAAAGAGCAAGUUCUGUUGUUAUUGCAGAGCUUGAAAAGAUUGAUCAAACCUCAUGAGGGCUCCUACAGAAGCAGAACGUUUCGUCUACAAGAGCAGCGUGAUGGUGGUGGUGGUGGUGCUUCUGAUCGUGAAGGUGACGAUAGUAGCGAGGAGUCUGAUUUCGGUGAUGAUCUUUACAAGAAUGAGGAAGAUAGGCAGAAGCUUGCUGGAUUGACAGAGUUUCAGAGAGAGAUGAUUUUGGCUGAUAAGAAAGGUGACAAGAGCCUCACGGAGAAGCUUAUUUAA